AAGAACAUAGUCUAGAUUCAUGUGUAUUCACAGCAAACCAGUCAAGUUGAUGCUUAAUUUAAACCGUCUCUAGGCUCAUGGAAAAAGAAAAACACAUCGGAAACAGAGGGGUAUUCAAGUUAUUAUGGGUGAAGUCAAAGGUUAUAUCUUAAGCAGUGAUCGCCAUGCAAUAUAAUGGCGUAUAUCUUAAUCACAACCACAGGGACAAUCACCACUUACAUUUGUUUCUUUCACAAUUCUUCCAUUUCCAUGAUAUUAAUAAUUUGAUCAAUAUUCAAUGUCGCACAUAAAUUAUUGUUUUCUUGACUAAAAUAAUCCAUCUCUGACUGAUGAUCACUGGAAAUUGGAAAACUAAAGAAUCUCUUUUAACUGUAAAUGAACAAAGAUUUAUCUUUUCAUAUUUUUCAUGGUCGUACCUAGUGCUAGUGGUAGCAGAAGAAGAAGAAACCGAGAAAUGCGGAACCAAUAAACCACGUGCUAACUGUACAUCUUCUUCAAUUCGCAUGCAUGAAUGGAACCUUCAUUUUCAGGUUCUAUUUAUCUUUUUUCUCUUUUAGACUCUUCUUGUGUUUUGUCAAAAAAAAAUUAGCGUCUUCUUUAGCUCCUCUGUUUCUCAGUGGUCUAUGUGUUCAACGGGCGCUUGAAAUUCAUAUGGUUCACAUAAAAUUCAAAGUAAUUUACAGUCUAGGGCUUUAUGGUUCUUUCAUGAAAUCCAUCUAGACUUGUAAAUGUUUUGAUUUUUUUUUUUAAUUUUCUUGUUCUUGAAUCGAAGUUUCUUUUCUGGCUACUGAAUCGAUUCAUCCAAAGUUGGAUGAUCAGCUAUAUUACUAUAUAGUCAGACAUACAACUUUUUGACUCAAUCCAAAGAACAGAACAAGUUGUUCUGAUGGCGGCAACUUUAUAGUUUUUUGGAAUUCUUGAGCAAAUUAACUUAAAAUGAAGUUUAUGAAGCUUGGAUCUAGGGUUGAUACCUUUUAUACAACAGGGGAUGUGAGGUCUGUCUCUACUGAAGUCUCCACCGACAUCGUAAUUAUUGUCGAAGAAACUAAAUUUUUGCUUCAUAAGUUUCCGCUGCUAUCAAAAUGCUUGUAUCUACAGCGCUUAUGUUCCGAAAGCUCGGUUGCACUGAAAGCUUCUCAAGAACUAGUGAUCGAACUGGAUGAUUUUCCCUGUGGGAUCGAUGUUUUUGAGAUCUGUGCAAAGUUCUGUUAUGGUAUCGGUAUAACUCUUAGUCCACUCAACAUUGUGUCAGUUCGAUGUGCGGCGGAGUAUCUCCAGAUGACGGAAGAUGUCGAUAAGGGUAAUUUGAUAGGUAAACUUGAGGCCUUUUUGAAUGCUUGUAUUCUUCGAGGAUGGAAAGAUUCACUUUUGACCUUACAAAGCACAAAACUAUUCCCUACGUGGUCGGAGGAUCUUGAGAUAACGAGUCGAUGUAUUGAUGCAAUUGCCACGGGAGUUUUAUCGUUUCCUGUUAAACCGAGUUUGUCGUCAUACACUUACUCGAAGUUGGGUAAGGAUGAUAUGGAAAGUAAUGGAGUAGCGAGCCAGAGAAACGGCGGGGUUGUUGCAUCUCAAGGGUGGUGGGCUGAAGAUAUAGCAGAAUUUGGUAUAGAUCUCUAUUGGAGAAUGAUUGUAGCUAUUAAAUCUGGCGGAAAUGUGCCCGCAAAUCUUAUUUGUAAAGCACUGCAAAUUUAUGUUUCUAGAUGGUUACCCAAUAUAUCCAAAGAAGGGAUUAUCAAGAGCGAGGAUGAUUCAGAAUCCAUCGGAGAGAUGACAGUGAAAUAUCGCUUCCUUUUAGAAUCCAUAGUAAGCUUACUACCAACGGAGAAAGCUUCCGUUUCAUGUAGUUUCUUACUUAAGCUUUUUAAAGUUGGAAACAUCCUCAGUGCUUCAAUUUCUUCGAAAAUGGAAUUAGCACGAAGAGUCGGAACCCAGUUGGAGGAAGCAAAAGUCAGCGAUCUAUUGAUUCCAACGUUAUCAGCCGAUGGAACACAAUAUGACGUUGAUAUAAUCACCACCAUAUUGGAACAAUUCAUGGUACAGGGACAGAGUUCUCCAACAAGUCCACCAAGAGCCAAAGCAAAGUUGAGGAGGUCAAGAUCGGCAGAGAACUUUAAUUUCGAGUUUUUGGAGACCCGGAGGUCUGCUUCAGCAUCACAUAGUUCAAAACUGAGGGUGGCAAAGCUUGUUGAUGGGUAUCUUCAGGAAAUUGCUACAGAUCCAAAUCUGCCUCUGCUGAAGGUGAUUGCACUUGCAGAGUCGAUACCUGAUUUCGCAAGGCCUGAACAUGAUGAUCUUUAUAGAGCUAUCGACACUUACCUUAAGUCACACAGAGAUUUAAAUAAGAGCGAAAGGAAGCAGCUGUGCCGAAUUCUAGACUGCAAGAAGCUUUCUGCAGAAACUUGUAUGCACGCCUCACAGAACGAGCUACUCCCACUGAGAAUGGUGGUACAACUUUUAUUCAUCGAACAGGCACGAGCUUCGAUGGCUGGUGGCACAGUGACUGACCUGCCUAACAAUAUCAAGGUACUUCGUGGGACACAGGAAGAGGACUCAUUGAAGCCUCUGCCACCAAUCAGAAACAUCACCAUCAUUAAGCCCACCGAGGAAGAGUGGAGGAGUAUGUCUGGUCCUACCUCACCAAGUUCAAAGAUUUCAACUCUUAGGAUGAAACUAACAGAAGAUGAAGACCAAAUGGACGACGUUGUUGUGAAGAAUACAAAUUCCAAGCUCAAGUCUUUCCAGUCGUUCCGCUCCAUUCCUGCUCGGCCAAAGAAGAUGUUAAGUAGGCUGCUCUCUUUGAAUAGAAUUACUUGAAGACAGUGACUGUCCUUUCAUUAUUUGUCUUCUCUUUCAGAUUACAUGUAAACAAGUUAUCGACAUUGUCUCUUUUGUUUAUUUCUUUUCUUUGGAAAAUGCAUGUAAGCUUUCAAAUUUCUUAUUGUUUGUGGUACAGUACUCAUCUUAAUAAUCAUCUAUAUCAUCACUUGAGUGACUCAGAUUUCAUAC